AUGUUGCCCAAGUAUCCUUACCACAACCAGAACCAGAAUAACAACAAGGGAUCAAGUUCCCAAAAGGAGCUUCCACAACUCGUACCACAAUUGUGCCAAAAAGAAGACUCUUGUGGAAACUUUUUAUGUGUGAUGCAACAUUACCAACGUAAAUCGUGUCAUUAUGGUGAAAAGUGCAAAAAUACUAAAUGCACGUUCGUUCAUCGUACCGAAAGGAACCCACACUUUUGGAGCCUCGAGCAACAAGAGGCCAUGAAGAAUCAACACGUGAUGUUGAACACUCCUCUUGUGGCAAGGCCAAACCAUGUUGUGAAUAUUCACAACAACCCAUCAUUGGGUGGUGGUUCAUUUGUAGUGAAUAAGAACAACAGCAAUACUAUUUGUACGAUUGGAAGUGGUAGUACUAGUUCAGUAGUAGUAGUAGCUACUACUACUGUUCCACAACAGAACCCUUCAAUGAAUACCACAUUGGAAAAAUUGCCAAAACUCAUUCCCAUUCCAUGUUCUGCUGGAGACGAAUGUAAAAACAGAGUUUGCAAUUAUUUUCACAAACGUAGAGCCAAAUGUCGUUAUGAAGAGAAUUGCCAUACCAUUGACUGUACUUUUGAUCACAGUUCUGUCAGCAAUCCGUCAAGCACUCUAAAUAAGAGACAGCAACGACUCAUGGAAGAAUGGAAAAAGAAGAAAUUCAAAACGGACUUGUUGUUAGGAGGUGAUUACGGCUCGAGUUCUGAUGAUGAUGAUGAUACUAGUGAUACUAGUAGCACAACAAGUAAUGGAAGUACUGCAAAUCACUUUGACAUCGAGUCCUGUUCAGGCAGCGAAAGUCUUAGCAUUUCUGACGUCUUUGAUUUGGAUGAUCGAGAUCCAUUGUUGUCUGAACAAAAGGACCUUUUUAUUCUUGAUACACUCUCCAAAAGCCAAGCCAAGCAAGUCAGUACUUUGGAUCAACUUAAAGAUUAUGUGAAUCGUAUGAAGGAUGUUAUUGCUAACCACUUUCUUUACAAACAGGAAGAAUUCAUGAAGAAACAUUUGGAGAACAUCAAAAACUUAGGAUUUGGAGAAGAGUACAUGACCAUCCGAAAAGCAUUAGAGGAUGAAAAGAAUCUUCUUCAAAAACAAAGGGCUAGCUAUAACCAUAGAAUGGAUGAAUUCGAAAGGAAACGAGCGAACUGCACCAAUUAUGAAUUACUUGGCAAAGCCUAUGAACGAGAAUUCAAGAGAGCCCUUGCUCUUCUUCCCUUCUAUGGCUACAGAGAUGAGAUACUUAAAGCCAUUGCCGAGAAUGACAUUAUUCUAGUUCAAGGCCAAACUGGAAGUGGUAAAUCCACUCAAAUUCCACAAUUCUUACUUGAGAGUGGCUUUUUUGGAAGAAAAAUAGCAUGCACUCAACCAAGAAGAGUUGCCACGACCACAUUGGCUCAUCGAAUCAGUGAAGAAAUGAAUUGUAAAGACAGUCCUCUCAUUGCAGCAAAAGGAGCACGAAAUUAUGAACAGGGCAAUCGAACAAAGCUCAUCUUAAUGACCGAUCGAUCCUUAUUGAACGAACUUUGUAAAGACAGAAAUUUGAAAAAGUAUGGAUGUGUGAUGAUUGAUGAGGCACACGAAAGGACAGUCUUUACUGAUAUUUUGCUAUCAGAAUUGAAAGCAUUGGUGAAACGAAGGAGAGAAUCUGGAUCUCCUUUGAGAUUGAUUAUUAGCUCGGCUACGUUGGACGAAGAAUUAUUUUCUUCAUACUUUGAAAAGUGUCCUGUCAUUAAGGUUCCUGGACAAAUGUAUCCUGUCAAGGUUCAUUGGGAAAAAUCACAACCCAACUAUGUCUCUCAAGCUAUUCAUAAGGUGAAAUAUAUUUUAUUGAAUCAUCGACAAGUCAAGAAAGAUGCCUUGAAGGGUCAUAUUUUAGUAUUUUUGACAAAUCCAGAAGAAAUUGAGCUUGCAUGUCGGAAAUUGAAACAAGAACUAAAAGCCAAGCAUCACGACUAUGAAAUUCUUGCCCUUCAUGGAAAAUUGAGCCCUGAAGCCCAACAAAAAGUAUUGCAGGAUUCCAACAAAGUGAAGAUUAUUUUUGCAAGCAACAUUGCAGAAAUGUCAGUGACCAUUAAGGGACUCACCACAGUUGUGGAUACCGGACGUGUGAAAGAGAGAAGCUUUGAUCAAAAUAGAAACAUCUCCUUGUUGAAGGUGAACUUUAUCAGUCAAAGUUCCUCUCUGCAAAGAAAAGGAAGAGCAGGAAGAACACAGCAAGGAGAAUGCUUCAAUCUAUAUGACAACUCUGAAUUUAUGCAAUUUAACAUUUCACAACCUGCCGAUAUUUUCAAAACUCAUUUGGGUACAGUAAUUCUUCAAUUGUUGACUUGCCAUUCCAGACUCCUCAGACAUGAUCUCAUUCACUAUGACUUGAUUGAAAAACCUUCACAUGUAGCGCUUAAUGAUCAAUUGAACAAGCUCAUUGCUUUGGGAUUUGUAAAAGAGGAACAGGGAGAUUACAUUUCCAUAACUGAGGACGGAAAAUAUGCCUCUCAACUCUACAUGGAUCCAUAUGCCUCGAGAAUGAUUAUCGAAGGAGUGAAAUCUGGUAUAGGAAAGGAAAUUAUCGGAGUUGCUUCCAUGAUGUCUGUCUCAGGAAUGAUCUUCCUAAAAGUGACUGAUUCCAAAUCAAAAGAAAGUAUUUUAGCAAAUAAGGUCUCCCUUUCCAAGAGUGAAGGUGACUUGUACUCUUUGUAUUCACUUUACAAGCAAUUCUCAACAUUGAAAUCUCUGAAAUCUCAAAAAGAAUGGUGCUCAAAAAAUAGCUUGAAUUUUGUGGCAUUUAAAAUUGCAGAGUCCACAUUCAAGGAACUGUCAAGAAAUGUCAAAGCAUGUAAAAUUGCAACAAAUCCAACGACUGAUGUCAUCAACUCUGAUGAAAAAAAGAAAGAACUCAUUCUUCAAUGCAUUACUGCAGGAUUUAAUGCAAAUGUUGCCUAUUACGAUGGUACUAGAAAUGAUGGUUCAAUCAUUUACAAACUUGUCGAGUUGAACCAAGAAGCCUGUUUACAUCCAUCCUCUUCUGUGUUUUCAGAGGACAGACCUCCAAACUUCAUUUUGUUCUAUGAACUUGUUAGAACUGACAAGUUGUAUGUGAAGAAUGUGACUCCCGUUGAGAUUGAUGUCGUGUGCCAAUAUAACAAAUCCUUAGACAAAACUAAACUUGUGAGACAUGUGAAAAAGUAUGUCGAAAAGCAAAUUCCUAAAGCUUGUGUUGAAAUUCUUCAAAAUAGAGAGGGAGAAAUGAUUGAAGAUCUUGAAAGAGCCACAGGUUGUAUGAUUGAAGUCGAUGAAACAACGAGUAGCUUGAAAUUCGAGGUUUCUGAAGAACAAGAAGCUACCUGUUUGAAAUGUGUGAAUGAGAUGGUCCAAAGAGCUUGUGAAAAAGUCAAAAAGUAUUUAUUUGAAUUUGUCCCAAGCAAACAAAAUACGGUUAGAGUCGUGAUUGGAAGUGGCCUUGAAGUUGUUCAUGUCCUUACCAACAAUCAAUUUAUUCGACUCAAUUUCAGAGCUUCAGAGCUCCUUCGAGGCUCUUUGAAACAACAAUUUGAAAAGUUUGGGAAAUUGUGGGACUUUGAAAUUUAUCCCAAUCGUACCUCACAGCAAAAGAUUGAGGGAUUUGUGGUUUUCAACAAGUGGGAAGAUGCUGACCUUGCCUUCCGUCAGUUAAAGGCAGACCAAAACAUCAAUAAUGACUUGCAACUCUUUCCAACUUCCACUUGUGGUGCAACUUCAUUAGUCGGUGAAGUUCCUUCACUCAUUGCCAAAUGGUACUUGUCACACUCGAAAGGAACUGCACGUAUUCACUUUCCCAAUACUUUCUUAUUGAAAGAGGCGAUGUUGGCAUUGAAAAUACCUGGAACUCUUCCUCUCUUGGCUCGAAUUGAUAAAAUAGAAAAGAAAAUUGAUAAUACAGAUAAGACAGAAAAUGUGAUAGAGCUUUCAAAUUUAGGUCUUGAUAUUGAUGAGGAGAGUAUUUGCCAACUGUUAGCUCGUUUUAAACUUUUCCCAUCGAAGGUGGAGGUCUUACGUGAGGAGAUUAAUUAUAGCUCCUUUGAAUACUACCAUACCCAUGUACAAUCAUUAUUCACACAAGUUAACGGUUUAGAGUUUGUUGACAUGUUUCCUCCAAAACCAGAAAAAAAGGAAUGCAAAGCGUUGGUCAAGUAUAAUUCUCAAUCAAGUGCUUCCGAAAUCGUUCAACGUUUGAAUGGCACUAGUUUUGGUUGUGGAAAACUCUACAUUUCAUACAAUGUGGAUGAAAAGAUUUAUUUUCCAAUUGCAGUCUUUGAGCUUUUCAAAAAGGAUAUUUAUUAUUCCAUACAUAUGGUCCAACAACAAUUUCAAUGCAAAGCGGUCUUCAAAACCAAGGAACAUGAAAAAACGAAAAACAAGAAUGAAUUUGGUAACACUUGUUACAUUCGAGUGUUUGCCAAUAAUGACUUGACAAAGUUUGAGAAAGCUAAAACCUUCCUUAGAAAGAGUUUACAAUGUACCACCCUCUCGCUUUCAUAUGCUCAAUUUAAGGAUUUCGAAAAACAGAAAGAAAAGCUAAAGAAAGCCAACAAGGACAAGGUCUAUAUUUCAGCAGAUGCUCGAACCAAACAAGUGAAAAUUUAUGGAAAAGAGCAAGAUCGUGAACAAGUGAGUCAGGAUAUCAUGCAGUCCAUUAAGAAUGAUUUAAAACGAUCUAUUAUAGUGAAAUCACUUAAAAAAGUGGUUCCCAAGUUGAGCGAGCUCAAAAAACAGUUCAAAUUUGAUGGUGACAUUAUUAUUGAGGAUAUCAAGAUGAAAAAAUUGACUAUCGUUUCAACAGACACUGAGUUUGAAAAGAUCAAACAAAGGAUUCAACAAAUUGAAACCGAAGGUCAAGAGAAGACCUGUGAACACGAAUGUAAUAUUUGUUUUUCAGAAAUUGAACACGGACAGACACUUGUGUGUGGUCAUCCUUUCUGUGUCACUUGUUUUGCGAUUCAGCUGGAUGGAUUUGUUAUUGAAUCAAAAUCUAUUCUUUGCAAUGAAUGCAAUUAUAGAGUUCCUGUGCUUGAAAUUCUCAGCACCUACAAAAAUAACAUGGCCUCUUUCAAGGAGAAGUGUGAAAUUGUCUUGAACAAGUACUUGCUCCAGAAUUCUCUAAAGUGGAAGUAUUGUGAUGUAUGCAACCAGUUGUGUCGAAUGAUCACUCCAUCUUCAUACGAAUGUUUGAAUUGUGACAUUAUUUAUUGUUCUCAAUGCAAGAAGAGGUCUCAUGAAGGAGUUUCUUGUGACUAUGAAGAAAAAUUGUUCAAGCAAUACCUUGACAGCUUUACCAAAAAAUGUCCAAAAUGUUCGACACCUAUCGAGAAAAAUGGAGGAUGCAAUCACAUGACUUGUAGAGCUUGUCUCAAUCAUUUUUGUUGGGUUUGUGGAUACGAUGCCACAUCAGGUGACCCGAUUUACAUACAUCAAAGCUCUUGUCCUGGUGACAAAAAGUUCUAA